AUGGCGGCUGGGCCCACCAACACUGCCCCUCCCUUUCGGACACGGUUGAAAAUCUGGAUUGCCAUCUCAGCCUCUCCUCCCUCCCUAAUCCCCAAAGCCAAGGACCACCAGCCCUCAGCUGAAGAGAGUCUGCCAGCCCCAAAGGCCAAUGCUGAAGCCAUCCACUUCCUCAGCACCCUCGAGCAGGAGGAGCUGCAGAUGCUGCUGUUCUCUGAGACUCUGGCCAUGGUCUCGGACACGGGGGAGCCUCAGGGAGAGCUGACCAUUGAGGUGCAGAGACGGCAAAACAAAGACGAAUUUGGUGUGAUGUCACACUGCCUCUUCGUGCACGCCUUUAGCCAUGGCUUCAUGGACAAGAUGCUCUGCGGAAACUCCCUCCUGGGCUACCUCUCAUGGAAACUGCAUGUCAUGGAGCAACAUAGUCAAGAGUUCAUCAAGUUUCGCGUCCUCCCCAUGGAGAGGAAGAUGACUUUGGUGAAGCAGGAUGACCAGCUGACCAUGACCAGAAGUGUCAAGGAGGGGGAGGAAGUCAAGACCGAAGUGACUUUUAUCCCAGGGAGCUCAACCACGGGCUUCAUCUCUGAGGCUGCCAACCUGGUGUUGCUGAGGGUGAUGGCCUGGCGGCAGACGGUGCCCAGCAACGCCCGUUUCCUGGCCUUGGACACGGAGGGCGAACUCUGCUACUCCACUUACCAAGACCUGGGCUUCCAGAAGAUCCAGGUGGACCGCCAGCAGGUAGAGGUGUUCAUCGUGGAGCAGACCGUCCACUCAGUGAAAGGCAUCCCCAAUUCCUGCCAGUUCUAUCUGCUGUCGGAUGGGCACCUGGCCAAGAGAAUCCAGGUGGGUUCCCCCGGGUACUGCCUGAUCACCCAGAUGCCUAUCUUGAGGGAGAAGGAUGAGAUUGAGCCUCGCCCCGUAUUUGAGAAGAAGCCCCUGGUGUGGGAGGAGGAUAUGGAGCUCUACUCGAGGUUUGUGGACCGUAAGGAGGAGCUCCGUCUCAGCCACAGCAGCUACCUGCGGCAGCACCCCGAGGCCCAGGCGCUCAUCUCGGACUUCCUGCUCUUCCUGCUGCUGCGCCAGCCCGCAGACGUGGUCACCUUCGCCGCGGAGUACUUCGGCCCCUUCGCGAAGCGCCACCCCCCGACCCCCGCCUUGCGCUCCUCCCACCGGCCCAGCCCCUUCCGCUCGCUGGACCCCCGGGACCCCUUGCACUAG